CCAACCACCACCCGCCCCCAUGUUCUCCUUCGCCCGCCUCCUCGCCGGCCCGUCGCGACAGUGCUCGACGCACGCCCUCGCCCGCCCAAUGCUCGCGGCGCCCGCGCUCGCCGCGCGCCUCGGCCCGCUCGCGCGCCCCGCGGCCGCGCCGCAAGCCCUGCGCGUCCUCGGCCAAGUGCGCGGGAUGAAGGUGCGCUCGAGCAUCAAGAAGUUCUGCGACGGGUGCUCGAUUGUGCGCAGGAAAGGGCGCAUCUACGUCGUGUGCUCCAAGAACCCGAAGCACAAGCAGCGCCAGGGAUAGCUCCGCGGCUCGGCCAUCACGCAGUAGCAGCGAUGCAUCCUCAUACCACUUUUGA